AUGGAAGCGGCCGAAUGCAAAACCGAGCUCAUUUAUUUGCCGGCUCAGAGUUUCAUCUACGAUUGGUUUCAGUUAGUUUCGACCUUUUUUUUUAAAAAGAGUUACUCAUCAUUUUGUCAGUUAAUCGUGUCAAAAAGAAAGGUUACAAACAUGUUUGAUGACGUUAAUCGUGUCGGAUGUUGAGAAAAUAACGGCUUAGAAGAUUUUAAACCCAAUAAUCUCAUUUCGUUUUUCACAAAUCACAUGUCUGAAACACCAUUCGCCUCAUAUUUCGUUAGAAUCACUCAAGAUGGACUUGAGAGGAGAAGGAAAAAAUGGAACUGAAAGAUAAAUAUGACGCGAGGGAGUUUGUAGUUCGAAGCUUUCUCUAGGGAUAAUAAAUAAACCCUUGUCGAGUGGAAAGCUGGGUUUCUCAUUUGAAAAUAAGUUUGAAAAGGAUCAAACAAUUUUAAAAAGUUCACAAUUCUCCAAAAAAAUUUUUUUUCGUGUAAUGUAAUGCGUUCAUGUUCAAUCAUGGUGUCGUUUGAAAUUUUCCUUCUUGAAAAAUAAAAAUUUUUUUACAAAUAUUUCUUUUUAUUUCCACUUUUAAAUAGAUUUUUUUGAACUAUUUCAGGUCGAUAAACACAUUCUACAGGCCGAUUCACGCGUACCUAUCCAUCUUGUUAUGUAUCCUUGGGACGGUUGCCAAUUUUUGCAAUAUUGUCGUCUUGACGAGGUUUGUUUCAUGUUUUUCGAAUAUUUGGUUCUGAAGUUCCUAAUUUUUCUGAGCGCAUAGUUUUUUUUUUGAAUUCAUACACGGCCUUUUUUGAUAUUAUUUUAAAUCCGGUUAGUUCUAGUGCGUUUUGCGCGAGACGGCCACGUUUUAAAAACUUUAAAAAAACUGGUAUACUGUUGUUUGUAGCGGAAAGAAAAACGUGAAGUUCUUGCAGGCGAACAAUGCGGACGCCGGUGAACAUGAUUCUGACGGCGAUGGCGAGUUGCGACACGGUGGUCCUCUUCUCGAACCUCAUCUACACGACCCACUACUCCUUCGUCGCCUUCCAACACUGCCAUCCCAAGCAUUGGUCCUACGCUUGGGCCCUUUUCCUCAUCGCCCACGCUCAUCUCUCGCUCGUCGCCCACAGCUCCUCCGUCUGGCUCUCUGGUGGCUAUUCAACUUUUUUGAAAAAUAAAUUCUCUCUUGGGUACUUGGAAAUAUAGCUUUGUAAGAAGUAACCCAUCCCAGAAGUUGCACUCACUCCAUAGAUAAGUUAGGUAGCUCCUCAGACCUCGAUAACGAAAACAGGACUUGCUCCGGACUAUUUUGAGCUAUUCUAGGGAUCACUUAAGAGUGCUGAAGAUACUAAAGUAGUCACUAGACAAGACCGAUUUGCGUUACCAAUGUCCGAGUCAUUUUUGUGUUUCGUAUCUUUCAAACCUGGGAAUAGUGCUAAUUUUUUUCUUGGGUUAUUCUCCACAAAUAUAUAUUUUUGAACCUAAUUUCUUAGUUGAAAAAAUACGAAAAAAUUGAAAAGUUUGGGUUUCGUAAAAAAAAAAGUUUUCUGUUUCAGAAGUUUUUAAAAAAGUUAUUCAUAUUUUUGUUGUAAUUUGAACAUACUUCAAACUUGAAAGUUAAUAUUGUGGAUUUUGCAGUGAUGCUGGCGUUGGUGAGAUACAUGACGCUGCGUAGUCGUGGAAAUAUGGGCGGAAUGCAGGUUUUCGUUUCAAUUUUAUUCGAAAAAUUGAAAUUUUCUGUUUACAGGUCACUCUCCGACAUUCUUAUAUCGCGAUCGCCGCGACGAUUUCCGUCGUCGCGUUAUUAAACGCCCCGAAUUUUCUCAAUUAUAAAAUCAACGAGCGGAGGUUGAUAAUCCACAAUAUUUAUUCGAAAAAGAGGGAAAAUGUUCAGGUUAAAUGAAACUUGUGCCGUCUUGGAUCCUCAUUACAACAACGCGCCUGCCUAUUUGCCUGGAAUCGCUGAUAUUGCCAAAGCCAGACAUUGCUUGGUUUUUGAACUUUUCUAAUAAAUUUUCAAUAUUUCGAUGAUUUCAAGGUGUUCCGCUUAGCUUUCUGGAUUUCGGGUCUGGUGUUCAAAAUGUUGCCUUGCGCUUUGCUUUCCCUCUUCGUCUGGUUAUUGCUGAGGAUAUUGAGAGAGGUGAGCCGAAAAGUGAUACUUUUAAUGUUUCUUUAUUUGUCAAAAGAUAAUUUCGAGACAUUAUUUUCCGUGUGAAACAGUUGAACUUGAUUUUUUUUUCAAGCUCUGUUUGUAAAUAAUCCUGCCGGGGACGCAAUGAAAUUUCUGAUUUAUUUUGAACUUUUGUUUUAAUCGAAAAACGGUAAUAUGACUUCGGGGCCGUAGUACAGUUCAUGUAUAGCUGAUUCACGGCUGGCUUGAGCCAUCGAAAAAAGGGUCCUGACACGAUUAUGCACGAGAUAACGCCUGGCUCGUGGAAAGCGCAGACAGGACACGCCCCCUUAGCGUCCCAAGCUGGCCGUGAAUACAUUGUUGUAUGGUAAGAGCUACACGUUCCAUUCUUGCUACAGUUCAAGCCCGAAGAGUUAUUGUUAGUGAUGAAAACUGGCUUCCAAAUAAGGACAUUUUGUAAAAAAUUGGAUAAAUCAAAGUUUUUGACCGGGUUUUUAAGGCCUCGUUAUCUCAUUUUUUUUCUCAUUUCCAACAAAUUUUUCCUUUUUUCUGAACUGUUAUCAUUUAAAAAAAAAUCGUCUUCCAACAAUUUGCUCUAUGAAAAUAUUUUAAGGUCAGAGAAAAUCGCCAAAGAUUAUUGAAAACGUCUCGACACACGCCGACGCCCGUCAACACGAGAAAUGGUCGGCUGAGUCUCACGACAGGGACCAACGAGAAGUUGACGCGAAACGGGAGCCUCAGGUAUUCUGGAGAACCUCUCAUCUAGUAUUUUAAUCAAGGAGGAAGCUCUAGAUAUUCAAAUGAUAUUCAAAUGAUUUCAAAUGAUUUCUUGACCUUUAGGUGCAAUUUAGAAGGGAGGCGGGGUUGAAAAUUUUUAUAAACGUACAGUACUCUGAGUAGGUCAUUAUAAAGUUUCCUCAGAUUUUUCAUAUUCGCAUUUUUGGAGAUAUGACUAACCGUUGCAAAAUAUUCAAAGUUCAACAGUUCAAAAAUCUCUCCAUCCGCUUCACUGAAACGCUCUUAUAAGAAGUUUUAAACUUUACCCUGAAUAAAUGAUUCAGCUUUAAAAGUUCACCAGAGAUGAAAUAACAAUCGAUUGACAUUAUUUCUUUAAAAUUAACUUUCAUUUUUGCAGAGCGCGAGGCGAAAAAGUCGACAGGACGACUCACAUGCUUCUGGCGAUCGUGGCUGUGAUGUUGGUCACGGAAAUCCCCCAAGGGAUCAUGGCCGUCCUGUCAGGUUCGUCCAUUUCUCACACACAAGUACUGAAGUUUACAGAAUAAGUGUAGGAAAAUGCGUGUUCGAAACUUUUGGUCCUUACCAAACAUUCUGUAGAGUUUAUUUUUCAUUAAACGCUUUUGAAACAGCUUUAGCUUGUACUUGAAGAAGCACAGGACUUGAAAAGAAAGGUCAUUGAAAAUAUAGUAUCUUUUUUAUUGAUUGCUUUGACUCAAGGACAUCAAAAUUCCAGGAAUGCUAUCGGCCGAGUUCCGACACAACAUCUACAACAACCUGGGCGACCUGCUCGACUUGCUGUCGUUGUGCGGCGCCUGCUGCUCGUUCAUCAUUUACUGCUCCAUGAGCGGCCAGUUCAGAAACGUCAGUUGGAUUUGCAAUUCAAGCCUGUGGAGUAGUACUUGACAAAAACCAGUGCGAAAAAGUUUUGGAACUUUUAUAAUGUUUGUCUUUUUUCCAAAAUGUAGAAUUGUUUUUUGAAGUUUUUCGCUUUCCAUGCAUUUACACUCUAUUAUAAAAAAUUCAAAAGGGUAAAUUUUUUCGACUAGAUUUUUCUGUGCUGAUUUCAUUUGUUUCCGUAUCAAUUUUUUUCUGAUUUUUUGAUGGAUAAUUUUCAAAAACCAAAUCCUCCAGGAGUUUCGACGAGUAUUCAUCCCGUCGGGUAUCCAGUGCUCCAGAAAAGGUUCGGCUUCGAUUCGACGGCAUUCCGACGCCUACAGCACCAAAAUGUCAUACCUAAGGCCUUUGGAAACACAUUGCAAUGGGGCUUCGAUCAUUGACACGGACCGGUCAACGUCUAUCAAUGUGAGUGCGAACGAAGAAGCUUUGGAAAAAACUAGCUAAAAAAAAUUGAUACUCCAAAGUUCAUAUUUUUGCUCAUUUGUUCAUUUAUUUUCAACUGAAUUCCUCGAUUUUCUGAGAAACUUCUCUUAGAGUCCCCUCUAGGGAACACUUUACCAACCCUAUAGGAGCCACUAAAACUUGCAGAGUGGUCCCUAUAGGGAACAUGGAGGUCGAUAAAUGUUAUAAACUCUGGGCGAAGAAGCAUUUCCAUGCGAAAAACUAAAUAAUCAAGCGUUUUUGAAUAAAGUUGAAACAUCCCUGUAGGGACCACUUGAGCUUUAGGGGCCAACCGGUCAGACGCUAAACCCCUAUAGGGACCACCUUCAUUUCACCACUAUAGAGAUCACCUUUGCGAACCUGCAAUCUUGAAAUUUAGACUUGCCCGCAGAUUUUUUCAUUACUGUAAAGUAUAACUGAUGUCGAAGAAAAGAUGAUGGCAGAGCAGUGGAUUUUCAGGUUUUUGGGUCGCAAGUGCGGCGGACCAGCACGGACUUGACGCCGAUGUCGAUGACGCCGUGCUCGCCGAUGCCGUCUUCAUCGUUCGCGGCGUCGCCGAUGCCGACGUCGACGCGACUGCUGAAUGGAGCCGACGACAGCGACGCGACUGACGAAACGUCGCGGCUUCUGGAUUCGACGAGUUCUGUCGCGCCGCCCGCGCUCAACGGCAAAAUCAAAGAGCAGCAUUUCAAGAACAUUUGA